AUGUAUGCGCAAUCAAUUGAUCUUCUUCGUCACCUAGCAUUCUUUUCCCCCAAACUUGACCCCACAUCCCUCCCAUCCGAGGAAGACGCGGACAUUCGUAAGUUCCUCAAGUCCCAGUCCCCAGACACAUCGACCUGUCUCCUGUCCGAACUCCCCGAGUUUAUUUCCGGCGCCAAACGUCUCGCUGUCCCAGUUUACACCAUCUGGGGCUCGUCCGAGGAUGUGCGAGUGGUAGAAAAGUUUGCCAGCAGCGAACUCCACGUCCCCAACCUGCACAUUGUUGGCUUGGCGUCGGACACCCCCUGCCCGCUGAUCACAUGCCCUGGGGGGCUCAAGAUCCGUCUUCUCGGUCUCGGAGGCGCGUUCAUCGUGCCCAAGUUGCUGGACCACGGCGCGUCGAUGACAUCCAGCAUAGGCGGCAUGGUCGGCGCAACAUGGUCAACGCUGCUGGGCGUGGGCGAGCUGCUGUGCAACGUGCGCGACACUUACGCGGUCGACGAGAUCCGUGUCUUCCUCUGCCACAAUUCGCCGCUCAAGGAGGAGUUGCUGUGCCACUUGGCGCACACUCUGCGGGCCGACUACGUCAUCUGCGGUGGGCUGCAUUUCUUCUACGGGCUCAGUUUCAACCACUUUGCGGUCACGCCCAGCUUUGAGACGUAUGUGAGCGCUCUGGGCCAGCGGUCCGCGGCCUUUGCUGCAGUGUGGCAGCGUCUGCGACACAGCAACGAUCUCACGUCAUUGACGCCGCAGAAACUCGAGUUACUGGACCUAGCGGCCAACAUCUUUCUGACAGUGCCUCGGCUCAAGGACGAGGAGAUCAACGGUAACGGCCUGGUCAAACUUAACCACGCGGAAAACGAGGCAUUGCGCAACACGACUGCGGUGCUUUUCCAGCGGCUGUGGUACUUUAACCUGCCGGACAUGACGCACGGCAACCUGGUGCUGUCGUGGAAGAACGGCCGGCUAGGGUCAGAGAUGAGUUCCGAGGGCUUCGAUCUGAGUAACCGUAAGAGAGGUGCUGGCAACGCACCCAGGGGCGGCUGGAAGGAGCGGGAGCGUGACCCCGUGCUGAAGAACACGCCCACGGGCCCUGCGGAGCCCGGGUCUGCAUCCUCCAAGGAUCAUAUUGUGGAGGGUCCCGGCGUGUGGGUGCCUGUGGGCGGCUCGGAGGAUCUGAUCCGGGGCUUUUUCCCACCCGAGCACCGCGCCAACAUCACCCAGGUGGUGAUCAAAAUGAAGAGCAUGAAGGGCUCCAAGCCCUUUUCCAUGAUUUUCUUCGACACGGAGGAGCAGGCGGACGCUGCGCUGGCGGCGAUCGACGCUGCCGCGGGCUCGGCGUCCAGAAUCAAAAAGGAACGAAAAGGACGGCCGAGACCGGGCAGGGGAGGAAGGGGCUAA